GUGUGAAAAGUCUCUCUCUCACCACUUCUCUGCCGCUUCUCCCAAAGACAUUUAUGAUGAAGGUGUGGAUCGUCUUCCUCCUCUGCCUGGCAGGACACGCCAUGGCUGCUCCUACUGAGGAGCAGCCAAUGGAUGAGGAGCUGGUGAUGGACGAGGAGCUGGUGGUGGAAGAUCCAGUUGUGGAGGAGGUGGAGGUCGGGGCCAACCCCGUGCAGGUGGAGAUUGGAGAGUUUGACGAGGCCAUCGAGGUCGAAGAAGAUGUUGAAGACGACGUUGCCGAGGACCUGUGCCAGCAGCACCAGUGCAAGAAGGGCAAGGUGUGUGAGGUAGACGACAGCAACACACCCAUGUGUGUGUGCCAGGACGCCUCCACCUGCCUCCCCGCAGAGGGACAGUUUGAGCACGUUUGUGGCACAGACAACAAAACCUACGACACUUCCUGCCACUUCUUUGCCACCAAGUGCACGCUGGAGGGCACCAAGAAGGGCCACAAGCUGCACCUGGACUACAUCGGGCCCUGCAAAGACAUUGAGCCCUGCCUGGAUAACGAGCUUAACGAGUUUCCUCUGCGCAUGAGGGACUGGCUGAAGAAUGUUCUGGUGACUUUGUACGAGCGGGACCAGGACAACAACCUGCUGUCUGAGAAGCAGAAGCUCAGGGUGAAGAAGAUCUACGAGAAUGAGAAGAGGCUGCAGGCCGGCGAUCAUUCUCUGGACCUGCUGGCGCACGACUUUGUGAAGAACUACAACAUGUACAUCUUCCCCGUGCACUGGCAGUUCGGACAACUGGACCAGCACCCCGCCGACGGGUACCUGACCCACGGCGAGCUGGCCCCCCUGCGCGCCCCCCUCCUUCCCAUGGAGCAUUGCACCACGCGCUUCUUCGAGACGUGCGACGCCGACAGCGACAAGUACAUCGCCCUGGAGGAGUGGGCCGCCUGUUUCGGCAUCAAGGAGCAGGACGUGGACCAGGACCUGGUCAUCUAAGCUCCGCCCAUCAGCAGCAGGGCCGCGGCUAGUCGCUUCUUUGGGACCAGGUGCUAAAUCCAUCCAGAAACAUUUGGUAUACCACUAAAACUAAACUUUGUAUUAACCCCUUCAGUCCUUCUUGAUGUAAAUGUCUUUUUAUUUUGAAACUUUCACUCCCACUUUUAGCAAACAAAAGUGUACUUUGGAAAGAAAUAACUGCCAAUAAAAUCCUGUGCUUUGCUCUA